AAAACGGCACCUUCUUGCUAUGAGCAUUUCGGAAAUUUUUACUAACGCCAAUCCCCCGCCCAUAUUUGCCCUUUUUUUGCUCUCUAUAUAUACACACCUUUGUUCUCUAUCCUCUCGUCACCAACAAUUCACUCGAAUUACUCCUCUUGCUCUGCUUUUUUCUUCUCUGUUUUUGGAGCUCGCUAGUCCCUCUGACCUUCUCUUUCUCUAAGUUUCUUUGGAGAUUAGAAUCAUCCUCUUCGAUAAUAUUCAGAAAUUAUACAGAAGUGCGGAUGUUGUAAUGGAGACGAAAGGUGGCAAGAAGAAUUCUAGUAGUAGUAAUUCUUCCGUACAAUACGAAGCUCCCCUCGGCUACAGCAUCGAAGACGUCCGUCCAAACGGUGGCAUCGAGAAGUUCCGAUCUGCUGCUUACUCCAACUGCGUAAGGAAGCCAUCCUGAUACGAUCCCAAGAAGAAAAGAAAACGAAAAUGCCUCCUUCGGUAGAUUAGGAUUUUCCUUCUCAUUCUCUUUGUCUAUUGUUUUCUCUCUUUUUCGAUUUUGAACAAAAACAAGACUUGAAUCAUUCCUUUCGAAGGCAACCCAGAAAAGCUAAUCACUGUACUCUGGCAUUUCGCCGUUAAAAUUCUCACUAAGCCAUGGCCAUUGACUCACCGCCGCCUCCUUCUCCAAUUGGAUUCGAAGGCUUUGAAAAGCGCCUUGAAAUCACCUUCACUGAACCACCCAUUUUCAAGGACCCUUCUGGGAAAGGCCUACGAGCCUUGACUCGCUCCCAACUGAACUCAAUCCUCGAGCCCGCUUGUUGCACCAUUGUAGCUCACCUCUCUAAUACUGAGUUCGAUUCCUACGUCCUCUCCGAGUCAAGCCUGUUCAUUUUCCCAUUGAAAAUAGUAAUCAAAACUUGUGGGACUACAAAGCUACUCUUGUCCAUUGAACCGAUUCUGAAACUUGCUGGAUCUCUUUCAUUGGUUGUGUCUGACGUUAAAUAUUCUAGAGGCAGCUUUAUUUUUCCUAAUUACCAGCCAGCCCCUCACCGGAGCUUCUCCGAAGAGGUUACUGCCUUGAACGAGUUAUUCGGCUGUUUAAACUCCGAGGCCUACGUCCUUCUUGGCGAUCCCGUCGCUCUGAAUCGGAACUGGCACAUUUACUCGGCAUCAUCAAGGAAAUCAUUGGAAAAUCAGACGGAUAUGAUCACUGUUGAGAUGUGCAUGACUGGAUUGGAGAGAAAGAAAGCGGCCGUGUUUUUUAAGAAAUCGGCGGAUUAUUCGGCUAAGGAAAUGACCAGAAAUUCCGGGAUAUCUGAAAUUAUACCGAGUCACGUGAUAUGUGACUUUGACUUUGACCCCUGUGGGUACUCAAUGAAUGGGAUUGAAGGCUCAGGAUUCUCAACGGUGCACGUGACCCCAGAGGAUGGUUUCAGUUAUGCAAGCUACGAGGCCAUGGGAUUCGAUUGUAGCGAAGUUAGCUUGAACUCAAUGGUCAACAGGGUGCUUAAAUGUUUUGGACCAAACGAGUUCUCUGUUGCGGUCACGUGCUGUGGUGGCGGGGUAAAGUGGUGGGCCAUGGAGUGCAGUGACGUUGACGGGUACUGGUGCCGGAGUAUGGUGGAGCAGGAGUUGGGUGGUGGUGGUUGGUGGGUGGUGUAUAGGAGUUAUGAUAAGAAAGAGAACGGGCAUGGAAGGGCUUGUCCUGCUAAGGUGUGGAUGCAGUCGUGGAAGGAGGUGGGCGUGGAGGAGGAGUGAUGGUGUGGACUCCAGCCAAGCAUGAGCGCAAGGUUUUGUCUGUUGCUGAGAGUCAUAGUUUGAUGGGUUUGUCUUUUAUGAGUAAUGUUUGUUUUUUAGUUUCGUCCGAGUGUAGUCUUGGGUGUUUCUAUCAAACGGGUCUUUAUUUCUCGGAAUAAAAUUGAAGAUUUAAGGUCA